UCCGUUUUAUAAAACGCCAUAGGCUUUUUGGCCCUGGAGCCAUACCGUUGUAGCAGAACUCCAGUUACCGGGACAACGACGCCUCGAGCUCCUAUAGGACUGUUCGAUGUGUGGGGCAGCAAGGCGUCUAUCUAUUUGAAGACUUAGCAAUUUGUGAGAGCAAUGGACAAUUUACAUCGGACAAACGUAAUAGUGACCUCGUGUUUAAGACCGCCGGUAAAGCCGAAGUCUAAGGCACCGCUAGCGCUUUAUGAGAGAGAAAGGGAGCAUCCUCACGCAACGGGACGCACGGACACCCGAAAUUACGAGAAAGAGUUGGUGUUUGACGGAGAUGACGGAGGUGGAAGGGCUGAAGACCGCGCACACUGUCCUUUGACUUUAAAGGACUGUGGGAUUUCCAAGGAUCAUUUUGACUUGCGGGAGUUUUGCUUGUCCAAUGAGGAGUAUUACAGGAAACUGGAGGAGCUGAAACAGGCCCACCUGCAGACUAUGGCAGAGCUGGAGGGGAUGUACCGGCAUAAGCUGGAUAUAAAGGACGUACCUCCUGUGGACGGCAGAAACACAAGCGUGCCUCACAGGUCACAGUGGACAAAGCCCUGCUCCGUGCCAGUGAACCUGCAUGAUGCCUCAUCAGCCCAGGAUCUCGACCACUACGGCAGCUCUGGAAUGUCGGGCACUUCAGAAGACAGCUAUGUAAAGAUCGAGCCAGUGAUGAGUAUUGUCAUCUCUCCAAAGGAAAAGAUCAAGAACAUGUGGCAAGACUUCAUCAUCGGGGAGCUGACCCCCCGUUCCCGGUCUCCAUCCUGCUCCUCACCGAGGAACCAGCUCAUGAGCCAGAAUCCUGGAGUCCUUAAGGACAAAACCAAGGGCAAAGAAAAACGCACUGGGCAGGAGCAGCAUCCUGAUGGCCAGAGGCUUCAAAUAACUGUGCCCAAACCCUUCCGGAUGACACUGCGUGAGGCGGAGAAGAAGCAAAGGAUAGUAAGGUCCCGCUCGGAGGUGGAGCUGGAGAAUGCCAUGCUGAGGAAGCAACUGGAAGAGCUGACCGAAUGCCAGAAGAAAUUCCAUGCCAGCCCCGUCCCUGCUCAUGUCUACCUCCCCCUGUAUGAGGAGAUCUGCGAGCGCAACAAGGAGCGGCGCAUCCUCUCCCGCCAGCAGAGACCUACCUCCCAGAAGCCCUUCAGCUUCUUGGAGAGGGAGUGUCGGAAGAGGGAGCAGAAGGUCCAGCUCCCCAGGGAGGAGAAGAAAGCUUUCCGGGCAAGGCCGGUUCCACGGAAGGUGUACAACUCCACAGUAAGUGAACGCCUCAAGGAGGACCAGCUGUACCGUGCCAUCAAGAUGCAGAUGCGGGCCCAGGAGCUGCUUCACAGCGCUUCAAUGCCAUGCAGCAUGCUUGCGCGACGAUUGAGCAACAGGCGGAGGAACACGGAGGAAAAGACUGAGAGGACCGUCCAGGCGGAGGCCAACUUCCAGCCAAAAAUCAACAGAGAGGUGCCAGAUUUCGAUGCCAGCUACCGGAGGUUCAGGAAACGGCUGCAAGACAAGCGGAACGUGAAACUCCUGACCGUCUGCGAGCCCUUUCAUCUGAGGACCGCUCAGAUCCCAUCACGGCAGGACCGGAUCCAGGCUGCCAUCGAGGCAGAACUGGAGAGCUCCAGAGUGACACACAGGCCAUACAGGCCCCAGGCACAGACUGUGGGCUCCAGCCUCUGUUCCUCCUUUUCAAGUAGCCUGGAACUUCUGCCUUCCAAAAUCACAGAUGCUGCCAAAAAGCGACAAGAGGCCGUGAGAAGGGCACUCGAGCAGAGAAGGGAGGCUGAAGAAGAGGAAGACAGAUGGCGAGAGAAGCAGAGACAGAGAGAGAGGAAGCUACAGAAAGUGAUCAGUAGACGUGCCCUGGCUAAUGACCCGCACACGGCCCUGUCCCAAAUCUGCCCGACCAAACUGAAGCAGUUCAGGACGCAGGACCGCCAGCGUAGGAAAGAGUAUGGGGCAGAGAUGCGGGAAAUCCAGAAGCGGGUCGAGGGGAGGCCUCUGCUGCUGGAGCAGGUGACACUGACGAACGCCAAGCUGGCCGCAGAGAAGCGCUUCGCUGAAGCACUCAGAGGGUACGGACUGAGCCAAGACAUCAUCAGCUACAGGGCAUCGGGGCACCCGCUCUCAGAGGAAUCCCUCAGCUCCGCCUCCUUCACUGAUAAGCUGAGCAAUAAGAACUAUGAUGCGGCAGGGUCCCCUGCAGGUGCAGAGUCCUUUCCAGAUGGUUACCCAGAAGACUUUGAUCGAGAGCUAAGUGAAGGAGAGGAAGGAGAGAUGCAUGAAGUCCAGAAAGGCACAGAAGAGGAGGACAAGAGAGCAGACCAAAGUGAGCUACAGGAAAAUGAGGAUGAGACCAAAGAACAGUAUUUAGAGCAGGAAAAGAAAGACGACGGCGGGCAGGAGCAUAACAGGAAGGCACCAAGCCGAAGCUCCAGUGGUGAAGAGAGUAACGCAGAAGACGUGGAAGGCUGUGAAGAGCAUGACAAACAUGGCGGACAGACCUCGUGAAGGUGUUCUGGGUUACUGAAAAGCAGAAAGAAAGAGGAAGAAAUUCUUUCAUCUGUACUGCAUUACUGGAU